AUGGAGUUGCAAGGUCUUGGAGCCAGGGAAGCAGGAUCUGCGAACAGCGCAGAUCACGCCAGUGGAGCGAAUGCAGUUGCUCAAAGUGGUGACUCGGUGUGGGGUGUAGUCCCCGACUUUGUUUGCAUGGCUUUGUGGCACAGUCCAGCAGAGCAUUGCAAGGUCGCCGACGACGAGGGGACCCAGCACAAAUCGUUCAACUUUUGUUGGGAGAGACUACACCUGCGCGGCACGAGCGAGUCUGAGUGCAGCCACCCAUCCUGGAACGCCUUUCGCAAGGCGAUGAGUGCUGCAAACUUUACAAUGCCGCAGCUAGUAGGACGAAGCACGAAGCAACGACAUCCUGGAAGCACCCCCGUUUCCCCAGACCGAGGCAACUUUGAUCAUGGGGCUUGGAAAAGCGGAGACAAACUCGAGGCAAAAAGGGAGUGUUUCCAGAUGUUCUUGGAGGGCCAAAGCGAAGACUACUACGAGCAAUUCGCAGAAAGGGUCGCCGCCGACCGCAAAGACCCGUUUGAUGCAGACUUGGAUGCGGCGGAGACAAUGGACGACUGGCUUCGCACGAAGGCCUUGAAAAACAGAGGCCUUUCUGACAAAAGCGGCGAGCACGACCAGGAGCAGGAGGACGAGGACGACCCGGAUCGAGAACCAGAAGCGGAGCCCCGGAACAAGAAGGAGCUUUAUGCCAUGUUCAAUUCGAAAGGGCCUACCAGCAUGAUUUCGCGCUUCAUGGGCGAUUACAGUUUGAAAGACGUCGCCAAGAUCAUCGUCGUUGUUUCGCACCCGUUGGAAAACAGCUACUACGCAACACUGGAGGCUGUCAGUGAAGGAUGGCCAUCACAAGCCGCAUUUGCGGCGAGUCGGUGUGUGGGAGGCUUUGUGCACACAGUGCAGCAUGUGCUACAGACGAUCGACGCAGCGGAGCUUGGCGACAUGUUGGGCUUCACAAAGUCCACUCGAAAAAGCCUGCCCGAUGUGCUUCCUCCUUGGGCUUUGGCGGAGAAAGCCCUACUCGAGAAAGCCAGCACCUUUGCUGUAUGCCUGGCUGCCAAUGUUUUCUGGUCCAACGUGCAUUAUUGGAUGGCAUUGCCGGGCUUGGUUGCAGGGCUAUUGUCGAAAAAACCAGAACAAUGCAAGGCAUGCAUGGCGCAGUGCAAGUCCAUCGUGGAGGCGGUGUUGGACGCAGAAGUGCACAAGACACAGCACGCCGAGUGGAAGGAGUUGAUGUUCGAUCUCGGUUGGAAUCGCCAACAAUUGGCGCGCGAAACAAUGGCUUUGCUGAUCCAAAGCCGCUACAAUGCCAGCUCACGUGAGCUGAAGCUGCUCGCGAAAAAGCUCUACCUUGGAAGCCCAUCCACCAAAGACACGCUCGAGAACACGUUUGCGUUUUUGCACCGAAAAGCUGCUGUGCACUCGACGAAUGCGAAGAUGAGUGAUCCGUGCAAAUUCCUAUACACAAUCGUGUCCCCAUAUGCAGAAACGGGUGGAUGCCCGCAGAUUUUGCCGGAGGCCGCAGACUUCACGACCGUGCUCAGCCCGAACGGAUUGCCCGAACGAAACUACGCCAAUCAGAUGAUGUUUUCGCCCAACAGGGUGGAGCUUCCCAACCCAAAGGUGUUUCCCCGACCGCGAGAGAUACUCAAUUCGAAGUGGCGCAACAGCGGGCCCUUGGCUCAGCAACGGUCGUCGGCUGCGGUGGCCUACCUGAUUGAAGACGUGGGCAACAACUUCAGUCAUGUGGAUCUGUGCUGGAUAGGAAGCUUCUUCAUCCAGGGUGAGGUGUUCCACCACGAGGAGAAUGACGACUACGUUUUGUCGUUGGGGUUUAGGAAGUGGGCUGCAGUCGGCCUACCGCUCAAACGUGUGACCGUGGACAGCCAGGACUAUGUGCUGCAUGCAAAAGACAUGGAGAAAGAGGACAUGGCAUCAGUGCACAUCCGUUGGAUGUGCUGUUUCGAUCUCCAGGGGCCAUGGAAGCUUCUGCCUACAGAGAGGACACUGCGGGCAUUCAUGCCAGCGGAACUACUCAGACUAGGUCAAAGCUCCGCCUUGCGAGUGGCGGGGCCUGGCGAGGACAUCGCAAAAGCAGCCAUCAAGCGAGGCUGCUUCCUGACCAUGCCGGACUUGAAGCAGCUUUGUGCUGCACUGGGUGUCGAGCUGCCCACAAAAGGUUCAGGAAAAAACAACUCAGUUCUCAAGCUGGACAUCGCAUCCAGAUUGGUGGAGGAGAUGUUUCCAGAUUCGACUGCAGAGGAAAAGAAAGAGAUGGUGAAGAAGCUCGUGUACAGGCAGACGAAAAAGUUCACAGAACAGGAGGAAGAAAUCCUGAGAUGCUGUGGGCAGCUGGCGGAAGAAGACCGGGAGUGUGGCGAGUUCAAACGUGUGGCUCAGCUCGCCCGGAAGACCCUAAAGGAAAAGGAAAGACGAAAAGCUCAUCAAGAGGGGGCGAAAGAGGGGGCGAAACAACACGCUUCGGAAGCAGCGGCAGCCUCUGCUGCCGAGGCGGCUGCAAAAGCUGCUACCGAGCCACGAGCGGCACCACCGCCACCGCGGGCGGAACCAGGUGCUCAUGGGGGGCCACGAAGGCCACCCAAGGCAACGCCGUCAGGGCUGAGAGAUCUGUUAUGCACCGAGACGAUGAAGUCCGAGGUGACGUUGCUUCGUGAUCCAACCUCGUUUGGCUACAGGGCCACGUAUCCUAGCGACGAUCCUUCGGAACAGAAGAACUUCCAGCGCAAAUGGGACACACCGCGUUGUCCCCAUGAGCUGGACGCGCUGGAUGCGGUCCUGGUUUUCAUUUACACACGGUACAAAAAGCUUCAUCCGAAUGAAGGUGUGCAAAAGCCUUCGCAUGAUGAGCUGCGUGCUUUCAUAGCCCAGCUGGAUCAGUGA